AUGCCAGAGACCGCCGUGUACGGAGGAGCAAUCAAUUCGGAGAUCGAAGACGAAGAUUACGAAGAUGAUGGAGAAGAAGAAGAAGAGAACUCGUCUCCGGAGCUGACGGCUCAAUCAUCUCCGCGGCCUCCGUUCUCGACGAAUUUCGAAAAAGAUCGACACUUGAUCUAUCUGAAGAUGAUGUACGAGCUGCUUCCGCACCAUUAUCAAUCUCAGGAGAUCAAUCGAGUCACUCUCGCUCACUUCAUAAUCUCGGGCCUCCACUUUCUCGGCGCAACAGACCGUGUUGAGAAAGAUGUCGUUGCAAACUGGGUUUUGUCCUUCCAGGCCUUGCCUAGUAGCAGAGUUUCACUGAAAAAAGGAGAAUUCUAUGGUUUCUUCGGCUCAAGAAGUUCUCAGUUUCCUUUAGAUAAGAAUGGGGAUCUAACUCACAACAAUAGUCACCUAGCAAGCACUUACUGUGCAUUGGCCAUUUUGAAGGUCAUUGGGCAUGAUCUCUCGACCGUUGACUCUGAAUCACUAUCGUUGUCCUUGAAAAACCUUCAACAGGAUGAUGGAAGCUUCAUGCCUAUCCAUACUGGAGGCGAGACGGAUCUUCGGUUUGUAUAUUGUGCUGCUGCAAUCUGUGACAUGCUUGGUAAUUGGAGUGGAAUGGAUAAGGAGAAGGCUAAGAAUUACAUAUUAAACUGUCAGUCAUAUGAUGGUGGCUUUGGUUUGAUCCCUGGUUCUGAAUCACACGGUGGUGGCACUUACUGUGCUAUUGCAUCCCUUCGAUUGAUGGGAUUCAUUGGAAGUGAUCUACUAUCAAAUGCUUCAUCAAGUUCGAUAAUAGAUGCUUCAUUGCUUCUCAACUGGAGUCUACAGAGACAAGCCAGUGAUGGUGGAUUUCAAGGACGGACUAACAAACGGAGCGACACAUGCUAUGCAUUUUGGAUUGGAGCUGUUCUUAAACUCAUAGGAGGCGAUGCAUUCAUUGACAAAACUGCUCUGCGCCAAUUCUUACUUACUUGUCAGUCCAAGUAUGGUGGAUUCAGUAAAUUUCCUGGAGAAUUACCGGAUCUGUAUCAUUCUUACUACGGUUACACGGCUUUUAGUCUCUUGGAGGAACCGGAGCUGAGUCCUCUGUGUCCUGAGCUAGGGUUACCACUUCUUGCAGCUUCAGGAAUCUGA